GGAGUCGGGGCUGGCGGGGGGGGUGUUUCAGGACAAACCGCCCCCGGGCAGCCCGCAGCGCUCCGCCAUGGGCAACGCGGCCGGGGGGCUGGAAGGGGGGGGCACGGCGGGGCGGGAGCAGCGGGAGCAGCGAGAGCCGCGCGACCCCCGGCAGCCGGGGCCCCCCCCGAGCACCGUUACCGCCGCCGCCCCGCCGCCCGCCCGGCAACCCAUGCCCGGGGCCGAAGAGCUGGAGGAGCGCUUCGGCCGCGUCCUGAACUCCAUGAACCUGCCCCCGGACAAGAUGAAGCUCCUCAGCCAGUACGACAACGAGAAGAAGUGGGAGCUCAUCUGUGACCAGGAGCGUUUCCAGGUGAAAAAUCCACCCUCCGCCUACAUCCAGAAGCUGAAGAGCUGCCUGGACACAGGGGGCGUCAGCAGGAAGUUCAAGAGGCGAGUGCAGGAGUCCACGCAGGUGCUCCGGGAGCUGGAGAUUUCCUUGAGGACCAACUACAUCGGGUGGGUCCAGGAGUUCCUCAACGAGGAGAACAAGGGCCUGGACGUGCUGCUGGAGUACCUUGCCUUCGCCCAGUGCUCCGUCGCGUACGACAUGGAGAGCUCUGAGAACGGCAGCCCGGGCUCUGACAAGGGCAAGGGCUUGGAGAGGUCGCUGGAGGACCUGAACAAGAGCAGCUCCUCGUCCCCCACCCAGGGCUCCUCCAAAGUGCGGCACCUCACCGUCAGGCUGAACCCCUCGCACAGCAAGAAGGCUCUGCGGAGCUCCCGCCUGGUCAGCCAGAAGGACGACGUCCACCUCUGCAUCAUGUGCCUCCGUGCCAUCAUGAACUACCAGUCUGGCUUCAGCCUGGUGAUGAACCACCCAGCCUGUGUCAAUGAGAUCACCCUCAGCCUCAACAACAAGAGUGCCAGGACCAAGGCGCUGGUUCUGGAGCUGCUGGCCGCUGUCUGCCUGGUCCGGGGUGGCCAUGACAUCAUCCUGGCUGCCUUUGACAACUUCAAGGAGGUCUGUGGGGAGAAGAAUCGCUUCGAGAAGCUGAUGGAGUACUUCCGAAACGAGGACACCAACAUCGACUUCAUGGUGGCCUGCAUGCAGUUCAUCAACAUCGUGGUGCACUCGGUGGAGAACAUGAACUUCAGAGUCUUCCUGCAGUACGAAUUCACCCACCUGGGGCUGGACCAGUACCUGGAGAGCCUCCGCCUCACCGAGAGCGACAAGCUGCAGGUGCAGAUCCAGGCCUACCUGGACAACGUCUUCGACGUGGGGGCCAUGCUGGAGGACUCGGAGACCAAGACGGCGGUGCUGGAGCACAUGGAGGAGCUGCAGGAGCACAUCGGCCAGCUGACAGAGAAGCUGCAGCAUGCGGAGAACGACUCCAUGGCCAAGAUAGCAGAGCUGGAGAAGCAGCUGAGCCAGGCGCGGCGGGAGCUGGAGGCGCUGCGGGAGCAGCUGAGCCCUCCGCGGCCGCCCAGCCCUCCGGCCCCGCAGCCCCAGGACUGCUACCGGCUGGCGCUGGAGCGGCGGCUGGUGGAGCUGGAGGAGAAGGGCUUGGUGCAGAUCCUGCGCGGGCCCGACGGGGACGUCGCCAUCGAGAUCGUCCCGGUUGUCAUAGAAACGCCGGCAGCCCCCGCCGUUCCCGGGGAGCCCGCGGCCGCCGUCGGAACCACCGGCACCGGCACAGAUGCUCCAGCGCCGGAUCCAGCCCCAGCUCCUCCCCCAGCCCCCCCUGCCCCUCCAGCUCCUCCCCCUCCGCCCCCCCCACCACUGCCCGGGGCUGAACCUGGUCCCCCGCCACCCCCUCCUGCCCCUCCACUGCCCCCGGGCACCUGUCCCCCUCCUGCCCCUCCACUGCCCACGGGCACCUGUCCCCCCCCAGCCCCUCCCCUCCCGGGGGCCCAAGUGCCACCGCCCCCACCCCCACUGCCAGGGGGGCUGGAAGGCCCUGUCCCCCCACCUCCACCACCCCCACCCCUUGGUGGGGAGCUCCCAGAUGGACCAGGUGGCCCCAACCCUGCUGGUGGUCCAGUGAAGGUGAAGAAGCCCAUCCAGACCAAGUUCCGCAUGCCAGUCUUCAACUGGGUGGCGCUGAAGCCAAGCCAGAUCGAUGGCACGGUCUUCACCGAGCUCAACGAUGAGAAGGUGCUGCAGGAGCUGGACAUGAAUGACUUCGAGGAGCAGUUCAAGACCAAGGCCCAGGGCCCUGGCUUGGACAUCGGCGCCCUGAAGGCGAAGGCCACGCAGAAGGCUCCCAGCAAGGUGACCCUGCUGGAGUCCAACCGAGCCAAGAACUUGGCCAUCACCCUCCGCAAGGGCGGCCGCAGCGUCCAGGACAUCUGCACGGCCAUCGAGACGUACGACCAGCAAGCCCUGAGCCUGGACUUCCUGGAGCUGCUGCUGCGCUUCCUGCCCACCGAGUACGAGCGGACGCAGCUGGGGAAGUUCGAGCGGGAGCAGCGCCCGGCGGGGGAGCUGUCCGAGGAGGAUCAGUUCAUGAUGCGCUUCAGCAAGAUCCCGCGCCUGGCCGAGCGCAUGAACGUCCUCAUCUUCCUCGGCAGCUUCGGCGACACGGCGCAGCUGCUCAUGCCGCAACUCAACGCCAUCAUCGCUGCCUCCAUGUCCCUCAAGUCCUCCAGCAAACUGCGCAACAUCCUCGAGAUCGUCCUGGCCUUCGGGAACUACAUGAACAGCAGCAAGCGUGGGGCAGCCUACGGCUUCCGCCUGCAGAGCCUGGACGCGCUGCUGGAGAUGAAGUCCACAGACCGCAAGCAGACUCUGCUGCACUACCUGGUGCGGGUGGUCACCGAGAAGUACCCCGAGCUGGUCGGCUUCCACACCGAGCUGCACUUCCUCGACAAGGCAGGCACAGUCUCCCUGGAGGGGGUGCUGCAGGACGUGCGGAGCCUGCAGCAGGGCAUGGAGCUGACCCGCAAGGAGUUCAUGCGGCAGGACGACAGCCCUGCGCUCAAGGACUUCCUCAAGGUCAACUCUGAGGUGAUGGAGAAGCUGCAGGCUGACAGCAAAACUGCCAAGGAGGCUUACGAGGCGGCUGUGGAGUACUUCGGGGAGAACCCCAAGACCAGUCCCCCCACCACCUUCUUCCCCAUGUUCAUGCGCUUCAUCAGAGCCUACAAGAAAGCAGAGCAGGACAUUGAGCUGUGGAAGAAGCAAGAGGCCGCAGCCAAAGAGGCAGAAUCCGGCAGCCCCCGCGAGGAGCAGCCCGAGCUGCCCAUGCAGAAGGCCAAGCGGCAGCAGAUGGACAUGAUCGCCGAGCUGAAGAGGAGGCAGAUGGUGAAGGAGCCUCUCAUCUACGAGGAGAAGGAUGGAGCCAUUGAGGACAUCAUUUCAGAUCUGCGGAACAAUCCCUACCGGAGAGCCGACAAGAGCCGCGGCAGCGCCAAGCGGCGGCCCGGGGGGCAGAGCCUGCAGACGACGCCGGACAUCUCGCUGUGACCGGCACCGUCCCCGCAGCCACCAGGAGCAGGGCAGGACCAUCCUCCCGACGCAGAAGGGACCAGAGGAUGCCAGCCCAGCAGCCCGGGACGACGCGGGGCACGGGGCCGGCGCCCGCUCCCACCCUGCCUGCCCUUGGGUCCGGCGCAGGGAUCCCCGGCGCUUGCUUAGCCAUGCCCCUGAGCUCCUCCCCUCCCGGCUGGCAGGGCUGGGGGACCCCCCUGGGUACGAGCAGGGAGGGGGGGGAUAGGAUGGGUCCCACCUUGUCUUGGUAGGGGAAGAGAGGCUGCCCCAUCCCCACCCCAGAGCUCUCUACUGCACGCUUGGCUUGGGGACAGCCCUGCUGUGCCCCACUUCUGCUUGCUGGUGCCUUGGGUUUCCCACUGCGGGGAGGGUGUCAGCCGGGGAAGCGGCAGCCCCUGCACAUCCUCCCCCGGCUCC